UGGGUCAUGAAACUUAAUCCACAGCAAGCUCCAUUAUAUGGUGAUUGUGUUGUUACAGUACUGCUUGCUGAAGAGGACAAAGUUGAAGAUGAUGUAGUUUUUUACUUGGUAUUUUCGGGUUCCACCCUCCAUCACUGUACAAGUACUCGGAAGGUCAGUUCUGAUACGUUGGAGACCAUUGCUCCUGGUCAUGACUGCUGUGAGACAGUGAAGGUGCUGCUUUGUGCUUCCAAAGAGGGCCUUCCCGUGUUUGUGGUGGCUGAAGAAGACUUCCAUUUCGUCCAGGAUGAAGCGUAUGAUGCAGCCCAAUUCCUGGCAACCAGUGCUGGAAAUCAGCAGGCUCUGAACUUCACCCGCUUUCUUGACCGGUCAGGACCCCCAUCUGGGGAUGUGAAUUCCCUCGAUGAGAAGGUGGCGCUAGCAUUCAGACACCUGAAGCUGCCAGCAGAGUGGAAUGUGUUGGGGACAGAUCAGACUUUGCAUGAUGCUGGCCCUCGGGAGACGUUGAUGCAUUUUGCUGUGCGGCUGGGACUGCUGAGGUUAACGUGGUUCCUGUUGCAGAAGCCAGGUGGCCGCGGAGCUCUCAGCAUCCACAACCAGGAAGGGGCGACGCCUGUGAGCUUGGCCUUGGAGCGAGGUUAUCACCAGCUGCACCGGCUUCUAACCGAAGAGAAUGCUGGAGAACCAGACUCCUUGAGUAGUUUAUCUUAUGAAAUACCUUAUGAAGACUGUUGUGUGAGGCAUCAUCGAGAGUUGGACAUCUAUACAUUAACCUCUGAGUCUGAAUCACAUCAUGAACCCCCAUUUCCUGGAGACAGUUGCAGUGGACAUAUUGUUAAACUUAUGAACAUCCAACAGCAACUAAUGAAAACAAACCUCAAGCAGAUGGAUAAUCUUACACCAUUAAUGAUGACAGCACAGGACCCUUCCAGUCCACUCAGUGCCCCAGAGACAGAUGGCCAGUUCCCUACCUGUGCAUCUGAGCCCACGGGUGGCCAGCAGCUGUCUUCUCCCGAAGAGACCAAGAGCACCCCCUGCUGCCAUGGUUGUCCUGUUGGGCAGAUUGAAAGUUGCUGUGAUUUGUCAAGCAUGUUUGAGGAAGAGAAUACAGACUGUUCCUGUAGGAAGAAAAAUAAAGCUGUGCAAAGAAAAGGGGAUACGGUGGAGCAAACACCUGUGGACUCUGAAACUGUGUCUGAGGGAGACAGCUGCCUUCAGAGCAUGCGUGACUGUGGAGGAAAGGACAUGGAAGGCCUUUCAUCCUGUGGAAACAGAAAUGAAGAAACUGGAACAAAAUCUUCUAGAAUGGCCACAGACCAGGGGUCUUUGAGCAGUGGAGACAGUGUGCUGCAGGGAGACAUGGUCAUGGAGCCAGGUGCAGCCCAGCAUUCCUCUGGAGGCGAACUGGCAGGCAGUACAGCAACAGAGGCCAGUACCCCAGAGACUGCGGGGGAAAUGGAACAUGGUCUCCUGAACCCAGAUGCCACUGUCCAGAAUGUGCUUCAAGUAGGGGAAAGGACAACGGAAAGGUCUGAGAACUCUAAUAUCAGCACAGCUGGAGCCUCUGAUGUACAGGUCACAAACAAGCCUGCGGAUAAAGCCACUGUUUCCAACUGUGUCUCUGCCACUGGUUCCCUGGGUGGUAACAAACCUGCUGAGUCUCUGCUUGCAUUUAGUAAUAGAGAAACCUCCGUUGAAAAAACAGCAGAAACUGAAACUUUAAGAAGUUGUGAAGAAAGCGCUGAUGCUCUGGUAGAUCAGAACUCUCUGGUCAUUCCAGCCGCUGCAAAAGACAAGAUUUUAGGUGGAUUAGAACCCAGUACUCCCUUAGCAGGCGUAUCUGAGGCAAAGUCAGAUUUAACCUUUCCUGGGCCAGAAAAAGAUGUAAUGCCAAACCAAAAACCAGAAACGAAGUCAUCUCAUGCUCAAAACCAAAAGAGCAAAUCACCCAUCUGUUCUACAGCUGGAGACGGUAAACUUGGCACCGACUCUGCAUGUCAGCAGAGCACAGGGACAUCUAGUGAUGAGGUGGGUGCAAGGCAGUGCAACGGCGCAGUUAGGCAGCCUGAAAGCACCACAGCAGGGCAGGCCAGCACACAGGAUCCACCCACUGCCGCCUGCUGUGAAGACCCACAGGCUAACACAGUCACCUCUGACCCUGUGAGAGACACCCAGGAAUGUGGAGAUUUUUGUCCUCUCAAAGUUUUGGAUAAAGGAGGCCAAGGAAAAGAUCUGAAACGAGACAAGCCUUUAACAAAUACACUUGAAAUAGUUUCACAUCCACAGCCAGUUGUCCCUAAAACUGAGAAAGAACUAGCGCCAGACCAGGCACUGAUAUCAGACAGCACUUUCUCUCUGGCAAACACUUCAGGCAGUGAAUCAGUAACCAAAGAUGACGUACUUUCUUUUGUCCCCUCCCAGAAAGAAAAGGGAACAGCAACUCCUGAACUACAUACGGCUGCAGAUUGUGGAGAUGGCUUGGACGGAAAGUCAAAUGAUCCCCGUAAACAGCCACUAGAAGACAAGGCAGCAGGCCAGUCUGUGUCCCCCACUGCUGUGGAGCUUCACUUCAGCAUGGGGAAUACCAGUCCCACAGGACAUGGUGGAGAGCAUGAGGCUCCCAGCCCCUCAGCAACCCCUGAAGUUCUCAACAUCAAGGGGGAUACUGACUCUUCUCCACUAAGUAUGGGCAGGGCCACUUUGGCCUCUGAUUCAGUUUUGACUGAGGAAGGAAAAAAUAUGGUGCCUUCAGAAAGCUUGCCAGCUCAGGGACAACAGGACAAAGAUAAAGCAGUGACUUGUUCCUCCAUUAAGGAAGAUACUGUUUCUUCGGGAACAUUGCAAGAAGAGCAGAGAACACCACCUCUUGGACAAGAGACGCCAGGAUUCCAUGAAAAACCUAUCUCAGCUGCCUGUGCCAAGGACAACGCACUUCAGCACAGCAAUUCACUGGAUACACCCUCUGUCUAUCUUAAGGCAGAAACUAAACAUAACAAGGAAGUGGCCCCACAAGUCUCACUGCUGACUGAAGGUGGGGCUGCACAGAGCCUGGUGCCACCAGGAGAAAGUCUGGCUGCAGAUUCAAGGCAGGAAACUUUGCGUGCAGAGCAGAACAGCUCACCUCUAUUGCCAGAUGGGUCUGAGACUCUGAAUCACAGUCGACCUUUUGCUCUGGAUGUUGGAAUGAAGAACCCUCAAUCCCAGGGAAAAACCAGUGCCUGUGAAGCGAGUGGAAAUGUGAUGGUGGGUGUUGCGGUGGCUCAUGCUCUACAAGGUACUGCCGGACCCAGAAGAAAGAAUGUAUCACACAACAGCGAAGAUACCCUGAUUCCAAACGUCUUACUGAGCCAAGAGAAGAAUGUGAUCCUGGGUUUGCCAGGAGCUUUACCAGACAAAGGUGUGACUGACCCACAGGGAGCUGCAACCCCAGAGAUGGUACCUCUUGACUGGGAGAAAGGGAAGCUUCAGGGAACAGACCACAGCUGUACCAGGGGCGACUCUAAGGAAGCACAAAUGGACAAGGAAGCACAUCCUGUCCUUCUGCAGCCUGUUGCCACAGACACGGGGCUCUCAACCCACGAUGAUAAGGCCCCAGCUGGUGCGAGUGAAGCAGUGCAAGCCUUGGCCCCAGGCAGGGACAGGAGUGUUCCUUCUCUGCCUUGCAUGGUCUCUGCCCAAGCUGCACAUCUGCCUGAGGGAGAAGACUUGAUAGAGGAGGCUGCCAGCCGCAUAGUGGAUGCCGUCAUCGAACGAGUCAAGGCCUCAGGAGCACUGCUUACGGAGGGGGAAAGCAGUCACCCAUCACUGCCCAGUCCCGAGCCGGGCCCUCUGACUGAAGGGCUAGGAAAUGCUGCUACGGAGAAAGUGAAUGCCUUUCCACCUGGGGAGAGCUUGCCAGUGGGCAGUAUUUGUGAAGAAUCCACAGGGAACCUUGAAGGAUGUUUUGCUGGAAGGGAGGAGCCAGAGAAGAAUAUUCUGCCUGUUCAAGGGCCUGAGCCAGCAACAGAAAUGCCAGACACGAAAGCUGAAGACGAAGUGGAUUUUCUGAGUAAUACCAGUGCGCGUUCAGUUUCUGAAGAGGUGGCUGUAGGGAGUGUAGCCGCUACGCCUACAAUGAAGCAAAGCCUGAAGACCCAGGCGAUAAACCAAGAAAACUGGUGUACAAUAGAGCCAUGCCCUGAUGCAGCAUCUCUUUUGGCUUCUAAGCAGAGCCCAGAAUGUGGGAACUUCUUGGAUGUUGGAGUGAACAGAGAGUGUGCCUCAAAACAAGAUGUACUUAAACGAGAAUCUGGGAGUGAUUCUGACCUCUUUCACUCACCCAGUGAUGAAAUGGACAGCAUCAUCUUCCCAAAGCCCGAGGAAGAGCAGUUGAUAUGUGAUGUCACCGGAUCCAGUUCUUCCACUGAUGACACAGCUUCCCUGGAUCGACAUUCUUCUCAUGGCAGUGAUGUGUCCCUCCCCCAGAUUUCAAAGUCAAACCGGUACAGAGAUCGGCAAAGCCUUGAUGGCCUCUAUAGUCAUGGGGCAGGAGCUGAUGGUCGAGAGAGUGAGAGUGAGCCUGCUGGCCCAGGUGACAUGGAGGAGGAGGAGAUGGACAGCAUCACCGAAGUGCCUGCCAACUGCUCAGUCCUAAGGAGCUCCAUGCGCUCUCUGUCCCCCUUCCGGAGGCACAGCUGGGGUCCCGGGAAAAACGCAGCCAGUGACGCUGAAAUGAACCUACGGAGUUCAAUGCGAGUUCUUGGGGAUGUUGUCAGGAGACCUCCCAUUCAUAGGAGAAGUAUGAGCUGGUGUCCCUCUGGUGUGCAAUACUCUGCUGCCCUGAGUGCUGACUUUAAUUACAGAAGUUUCAGCCUAGAAGGUUUGACAGGAGGAGCUGGUGUUGAAAACAAGACAUCUUCAUCUCUAGAAGUAAACUCUGCAAACACCAAGGAGCUCAGACACCCUUUCAGUGGUGACGAACGGGGUGACUCUUUGAUGUCACUUUCAGAAGAGGAUCUGGAGUCAGGCCAGAGAGAACAUAGGAUGUUUGAUCAGACAUGUCACAGAUCUAAGCAACAGGGAUUUAAUUAUUGUACAUCAGCCAUUUCUUCUCCAUUGACAAAAUCCAUCUCAUUAAUGACAAUCAGCCAUCCUGGAUUGGACAAUUCGCGGCCCUUCCACACCACCAGUGCUAAUCUGACUGAGAGUAUAACAGAAGAGAACUUCAAUUUCCUGCCACAAAGCCCCUCCAAGAAAGAUUUUGAAGGGAAGAGUGGAACAAAAGUUAGUCGUACGUUCAGCUACAUCAAGAAUAAAAUGUCCAGCAGUAAGAAGAGCAAAGAAAAGGAAAAAGAGAAAGAUAAAAUUAAGGAGAAGGAGAAAGAUUCUAAAGAGAAGGAGAAAGACAAGAAGACUCUCAACGGACACACUUUCAGUCCCAUUCCUGUUGUGGGUCCUAUCAGUUGUAGCCAGUGCAUGAAGCCUUUCACCAGCAAAGAUGCCUACACUUGUGCAAAUUGCAGUGCUUUUGUCCACAAAGGCUGCCGAGAAAGUCUGGCCUGCUGUGCAAAGGUCAGAAUGAAGCAGCCCAAAGGUAGCCUGCAGGCACAUGACACAUCAUCACUGCCCACCGUCAUUAUGAGGAACAAGCCCUCGCAGCCCAAGGAGCGCCCUCGAUCUGCAGUCCUCCUGGCAGAUGAAACCACCACCACCCCAAUGUUUGCUAACAGGCGGUCCCAGCAGAGCGUCUCGCUCUCCAAAAGUGUCUCCAUACAGAACAUUACUGGAGUUGGCAAUGAUGAGAACAUGUCAAACACCUGGAAAUUCCUGUCUCAUUCAACAGACUCACUAAAUAAAAUCAGCAAGGUCAAUGAGUCAACAGAAUCACUUACUGAUGAGGGAGUAGGUACAGACAUGAAUGAAGGACAACUAAUGGGAGACUUUGAGAUUGAUUCCAAACAGCUGGAAGCAGAGUCCUGGAGUCGGAUUGUGGACAGCAAGUUUCUGAAACAGCAAAAGAAGGAUGUGGUCAAACGGCAAGAGGUGAUUUAUGAGUUCAGCUCCCUGAGUUAUGGUAUAACUUCUCUUCUGUUUUCUCUGCAGUUUUCAGGUGAGAAUGCAGAACGCUUAAAGAAGACAUAUGGCAAAUUUUGUGGGCAGCACAACCAGUCUGUAAACUACUUCAAAGACCUUUAUACCAAGGAUAAGCGUUUUCAAGCCUUUGUAAAGAAGAAGAUGAGCAGUUCGGUCGUAAGGAGGCUUGGAAUCCCAGAGUGCAUAUUGCUGGUAACCCAGCGGAUCACCAAGUACCCAGUUUUAUUCCAAAGAAUAUCGCAGUAUACCAAAGACAAUGAAGUGGAGCAGGAAGAUCUUUCACAGUCCUUGAGCCUGGUAAAGGAUGUGAUUGGAGCUGUGGACAGCAAAGUGGCAAGUUAUGAAAAGAAAGUACGUCUCAAUGAGAUUUAUACAAAGACAGAUAGCAAGUCGAUCAUGAGGAUGAAGAGUGGUCAGAUGUUUGCCAAGGAAGAUUUGAAACGGAAGAAGCUUGUGCGAGACGGGAGUGUGUUUCUGAAGAGCGCAGCAGGGAGGUUGAAAGAGGUUCAAGCAGUUCUGCUAACUGACAUUUUAGUUUUCCUUCAAGAAAAAGACCAGAAAUACAUCUUUGCAUCAUUGGACCAGAAAUCAACAGUGAUCUCUUUAAAGAAACUGAUCGUAAGAGAAGUAGCACACGAGGAGAAGGGUUUAUUCCUGAUCAGUAUGGGGAUGAAAGAUCCAGAGAUGGUAGAAGUCCAUGCCAGCUCCAAAGAGGAACGGAACAGCUGGAUUCAGAUCAUUCAGGAUACAAUCAACACCCUGAACAGAGAUGAAGAUGAAGGAAUUCCUAGUGAGAAUGAGGAAGAGAAGAAAAUGUUGGACACCAAAGCCCGGGAGUUGAAAGAACAACUUCAGCAGAAGGACCAACAGAUCCUCCUCUUACUGGAAGAGAAGGAGACGAUUUUCCGGGACAUGGCCGAGUGCAGCACUCCCUUGCCAGAGGAUUACUCCCCAACCCAGAGCCCUAGAGUCCUCUUCCGCUCCAACACAGAAGAGGCUCUCAAAGGAGGACCUUUGAUGAAAAGUGCAAUAAAUGAGGUGGAGAUCCUUCAGAGUUUGGUGAGUGGGAACCUAGGAGGCACACUCGGGCAGGCUGUCAGCAGCCCCGUUGAGCAGGAGAGCAUGGUUGGCCCUGUUUCCCUGCCCCGGAGAGCAGAGACCUUUGGAGGGUUUGACAGCCAUCAGAUGAAUGCUUCAAAAGGAGGCGAGAAGGAAGAGGGAGAUGAUGGCCAAGAUCUUAGGAGAACAGAAUCGGAUAGUGGUCUGAAAAAGGGUGGAAAUGCUAACCUGGUAUUUAUGCUUAAAAGAAACAGUGAGCAAGUUGUCCAGAGCAUCGUCCAUCUCCAUGAACUCCUUAGCACUCUGCAGGGUGUGGUGCUGCAGCAGGACAGCUACAUUGAGGACCAGAAGCUGCUGCUGAGCGAGAGGGCACUCGCCCGGAGCUUGUCGCGCCCGAGCUCCCUCAUCGAGCAGGAGAAGCAGCGCAGCCUGGAGAAGCAGCGCCAGGACCUGGCCAACCUGCAGAAGCAGCAGGCGCAGCACCUGGAGGAGAAGCGCAGGCGCGAGCGCGAGUGGGAGGCCCGGGAGAGGGAGCUGCAGGAGCGCGAGGCCCGGCUGGCCCAGCGCGAGGAGAAGGUGCAGCAGGGGCAGCAGGACCUGGAGAAGGACCGGGAGGAGCUCCAGCAGAAGAAGGGCACGUACCAGUAUGACCUGGAGAGGCUGCGCGCCGCCCAGAAACAGCUCGAGAGGGAGCAGGAGCAGCUGCGACGAGACGCAGCAGAGCGGCUCAGCCAGAGGCAGACAGAGCGGGACCUGUGCCAGGUUUCACAUCAACAUAGCAAGGUGAUGAGGAUCCCAUCCUUUUUGCCGAGUCCUGAGGAGUCCUUCUUGCCAUCUGCACCUUCGAUAGCCAAAUCAGCGUCAUUGGACUCAGAACUCUCAGUGUCCCCAAAAAGGAACAGCAUCUCUCGGACACAUAAAGAUAAGGGGCCUUUUCACAUACUGAGUUCAACCAGCCAGACAAACAAAGUGCCCGAGGGGCAGAGCCAGGCCCCAGCGCCCACCUCUGCCUCCACCCGCCUGUUUGGGUUAGCCAAGCCAAAGGAAAAGAAGGAGAAGAAGAAGAAGAGCAAAACAAGCCGCUCUCAGCCCGGUGAUGGUCCUGCGGAAGUAUCAGCCGAAGGUGAAGAGAUUUUCUGUUGACCUUUCUCCUCUCUGCGGAGGCAGCCGCUUCCUGGUCCUGGCCUGGGGUUCCCAGCCCAUCUCCUUGCUGUCCCUGCGUGCACAAGUCUCCUACACUGGACACCCACUGCUCCUCAGCGUCCAGUCCUCCUGGGUGGCCCUGGGUUCUGGACAAAAGGAACAGAUUGUGUUGAGUGUCAGGGUGGGGAGGGAAGCCCAGACUCUGCUUCGGCCAUGGCCUGUGGCUGCCAAGGACUUGUGGGUUGGGGCUGGCCCUGCUCAAGGUGUUACACUGAAAGUAGUGGCCCAGAAGUACAGGCAAUGGUUUUGGACAUGUUGGGAAUUCUUAAAAUCUGAAAGAGUGUUUCCAAAUGAGGUCUGAAAUUCUAACUGCCUUUUAUUUUGGGGAACAGAACCAAAACCAGACAGCAGAUAGUUUGGACUUUAUCUGUGUACAUAUACAGUGGCCUGCAUGUACACAUGGGGUACGCCAGAAGUGCGCACAGCCUGCACAAGACGUCUGGUCAGCUUAGCUCAGCACGAGAGGGAAUGCCCGGACUAACCAGUAGCCCCUGGACGCUCAGUACUUCACCCGGCAGUCCUCAGAGAUUGGGUUCCCUUCAAGCCCACCCUGUGCACACACCACCCCCUUUUUUGCAUGUAUUUCUCAUUUCAUUUUAGAAGGGAUGACAGACAUUUGUGACACCAUUGAGAGAACGCGUGAUGUGUAUAACAACGUGGGUCUGCACCACCUCGAUCUCACUAUUUCAGGCACUAAAAAAAGUAUCUCAUUUUCUCAUCAAAUCCAGAAGAAAUAUGCUGGCUUUCCAAGAUGUUUGCCCACAUGUUCUGGGCACACGUGAAGUAGAGAGGCCUCCUUACCAUCCUCCCUGCAGUGUGACACUUUUUGGUUGUCACUGACCAUUCAGUAGUGGCCAGGGCCUCCUGGCAAUGGUGUGAGCCCUCGCAGCGGCUGCCCCAGGGAGUGCACCCCGGCGGCACACACCGCGAGGGGCCAUCUGCUCCUCCUGCAGCCCAGCCUGGCCUGCCAGCCCCACCAGGGCUGGGCAGGAGCUGUGCUCUGAGGGCCCCAGCAGGGUCGUCCCUGCCCUGUGCCAGGACAACUGGCUGAGAAGUAGGUUCAGGUGAAGGGGUUGAGCCCAUGUGUAGCAGUUCCUGCCAGUACAGACCAAGAGGAGCUGGCCCAAAAGAUGUCAGAAGGCCUUGGCAAAAUUUGGUUUCUUAAAAAAUUGUUUUAAAUCUAAAGGUCUGUUGGUCAAUUGUACAGAGCCCCUGAACAAUGUCACGGUUGCCGCCUGCUGCUGCUUUGCUGCUCUCGUUUUCUUUCCCCACUGUGUCCCGGUCUGCGUCUGGCUGAGGCUUCUCGGCAGCUGGUAUGUGCAGGACGGUUCUUUGGUAGCGUUUCCCUCUGAGGCCCCUGUACCAUGAAGGGAGACCCUGGGAAGUUCUGUGCUUCACAUGUGGCCUUCGAUUCCUGCUUUUUGCCCCUCAGAAGCAUGGGGCUUGGAACAUACUUUUAAAAAAACAAAAAAAUCUGUAACCUGGUGCUUGUUGAUGAAUUGCAAGCUGGCCUUGCAGAUGGAGAUAUUUAUCUUUCA